GGACAUCCUUUUGAUUUAUAAUUGACUAAUGACUGUUUGUCUCUGUUUGUGUCAAAGCGCAAAAUCUGUAAUCUCCCAACUGUACCAGGUCCAGAAGCAAAGUUAGGCUUACAAAACCUUUCGUCUCUUGAAAAUGAGUGCGUACAGAGCAGAUGAAGAUUACGACUAUCUGUUCAAGUUGGUGUUAAUUGGAGACUCUGGAGUUGGGAAAUCGAAUCUCUUAUCUCGAUUCACGAGAAACGAAUUCAACCUGGAAUCCAAAUCCACUAUUGGUGUCGAAUUCGCUACUCGUAGCAUCCGUGUUGAUGACAAGAUUGUCAAAGCCCAGAUUUGGGACACUGCUGGUCAAGAAAGAUACCGGGCAAUCACAAGCGCAUACUACCGAGGAGCUGUCGGUGCAUUGCUUGUUUAUGACGUCACUAGACAUGUCACGUUUGAAAAUGUUGAGAGAUGGCUAAAGGAGCUGAGAGAUCACACAGAUGCUAAUAUUGUGAUUAUGUUUGUUGGUAACAAGGCAGACCUGCGUCAUCUGCGUGCGGUUUCUACUGAAGAUGCCAAGGCCUUUGCUGAGAGGGAGAACACAUACUUUAUGGAGACAUCUGCUCUUGAGUCUCUGAAUGUUGAAAAUGCUUUCACUGAAGUGCUAACCCAAAUAUAUCAUGUGGUCAGCCGCAAAGCACUUGACAUAGGAGAUGAUCCAGCAGCCUUGCCCAAAGGAGAAACCAUCAAUGUUAAGGAUGAUGUUUCAGCAGUCAAGAAAGUUGGUUGCUGCUCUGUUUAAACCCAAGUGAGAGGAUGCAGUGGAAAAAUACUCCAAUUCUCUGCCACCAUGAACUCAAGACUUCCUCUUUUCAAGUCACGGUCCCUCCCCAAAUUUUGUCAUUGUCACAGUCAUAAUGGGAUGGACGCUAAGUUCUUAGAGUUUGUAGUCUGAUGAAAAUGUCUGCAUCUUCCAGGUUUUUAAUUUUUCAUUUGAUGCCAGUUUCUUUAUAGUUUCUCAAGGCUCGUAUCUCAUAUGUCUUUAGUGAUAUAGCUUUUGUUGUAUUUUAUUGCUCCUAGCAUAAGACAUUGUUCCAGACAAUUUUAUUUCUGUACGUGAUUGAAUGAUUUUUAUGAUACAAACUGAUACUUCCUAUAA